AUGGAGAACAAACCAAGUGUAUUAACUGAUAGAUAUGAAGUUGGGAGAUUAUUAGGUCAAGGUCAUUUUGCAAAGGUUUAUUAUGGAAGAAGUGUUCUUAGUAAUGAGAGUGUAGCUAUCAAAAUGAUUGAUAAAGACAAAGUUAUAAAAUAUGGGAUUACUGAUCAGAUCAAGAGAGAGAUAUCUGUUAUGAGGAUUGUUAAACACCCGAAUGUCGUCGAGUUACACGAGGUUAUGGCGACGAAAUCGAGGAUUUACCUCGUUUUAGAGUAUUGUAAAGGUGGAGAGCUUUUCAAUAAAGUUGCUAGAGGGAAAUUAAGAGAAGAUGUUGCUUGGAAGUAUUUUUAUCAGCUUAUCAAUGCGGUUGAUUUUUGUCAUAGUCGAGGUGUGUAUCAUCGCGAUAUUAAGCUAGAGAAUCUGUUGCUUGAUGACAAUGAUAAUCUUAAGGUUGCUGAUUUUGGGUUGAGUGCAGUUGCGGAAUGUAAAGGACCAGACGGUCUUCUUCACACUGGGUGUGGUACACAUGCCUAUCUUUCCCCUGAAAUUAUCAGCCGUAAAGGAUAUGAUGGCGUGAAAUCGGAUAUUUGGUCUUGCGGGGUUGUCUUGUUUGUUCUUUUGGUUGGUUAUCUCCCUUUCUAUGACUCUAAUCGAACGGAGAUGUAUAGGAAGAUAGGCAAAGCACAGUUUAAGUGCCCGAGGGGGUUUUCCCUUGAAGCAAAGAGAUUAUUGUAUAAGAUGUUGGACCCUAACCAUGCGACUAGAAUCACCAUGUCAAGAAUCAAGGAGAGUUCUAGGUAUAGAAAAGGUUUACACUUGAAGCAGAAAAAGAUGGAGAAACAAGUCAGAGAGGCUAAUUUAUUGGAAGCUGGAGGAGGUUCAGGUGAAAACCACGAUCCACCACAGCUUGUAACCUUGAACGCUUUCGAUAUUAUCGCCUUGUCUUCGGGGUUUGAUCUUGCAGGAAUUUUUGGAGAUGUCUAUAGCAAGCAAGAAACUAGAUUCACAUCUCUUAAACCAGCUUCGGAGAUCAUUUCUAAGCUAGAGGAGGUUUCCAAAAGCCUGAAGCUGAAGAUAAGAAAGGAAGACGCUGGCUUGUUCAAAUUGGUAGGAUCAAAGGAAGGAAGAAAAGGGAUUUUGUCGAUAAAUGCAGAAAUUUUCCAAGUGACGCAGACGUUUCACGUUGUUGAAGUGAAGAAAUGUAAUGGGGAUACUAUGGAGUAUCAGAAGCUAGUGGAGGAGGAUCUCAGGCCUGCUCUGGCUGAUAUCGUAUGGGUUUGGCAAGGCGAGAAGGAGAAACACGAGGAGUUACCGCGUGGUUUGGAGAAUGAACAAGAAGAGCAAGAACCAUCGAGUUCAAGUGCAAUUGUAGCAGGAACAUGA